AGAAACGAUUGCAAAGGUUCAUGGGAUAGGGCCUUUAUAGUAUGACGUAAUGAUAUUGCUUAUUUCUCCACAGUAUCCAUUGACAACACUAUUUGCUUUGCAUCACAAAGACAAUGUGUCCUUGACAAUUCAUUURAUUAUUCAAGACUCGUGACCCCAGGUGAAUGCGAUUGUCCAUUAGCUUGUACCUUAACGAAAUACAGAACGUCUAUCAGCUAUGGCGUCAUGCCUAGAAAGUCAGCCAUUGGCGUAKCACAGAUGUUUCCCUUAAUUCCUCACUAUUCAGAGAAAGAUCACAUCAUUAUCUCGGUGUUCUUUGACAGCCAUCGUGACGUAAUCCUUGAGGAAAAAAUGAGUUUYGGAGCGACUUCACUAUUUGGUGAGAUCGGUGGUAACAUGGGACUGCUUCUUGGCUGUAGUGUCAUCACACUUGUMGAGUUUCURUUUUUGUUUUUCUCGCUGUUGAUGAGUUGUUUCCGCGCACAAAGAAGACAAGCAGUAGACGCGGCAAGUUAGCCUAGCAGAGCGUCGAAGUAACUGACACUGAAGCAAAGACUAUGGACCGAUAAAAAAUUCAAAUAACAAUUGGGAACUAUUGGUGCAUGGAUAAUAAGACUAUCAGAGUUAGAAUUAGCAAUACAUAUCGUGCGAACUAAUAGKUGCUUGAUAUCCGUGUACCUUUAUUUGUCUAUAAUGUGAAUGUAUUACACCGUAAUGUACAAUUUUCGAUGUUCAAUUUUGAUGUUUGCUUGUGAAGGUAAAGGUGGUUACCGAUUAUAAGUGCUUAUUUAAYUGAUUUACAAUAAARURUAAUCACU